GACUCUGCUUCACUCUUACACCAGAUGAUCCUCGAGAAGAGAACGCCCACGUCAUAUCCAUCCGAUAAGAAGUCAGUUGUAUAAAGUGAGGCUUGGGAAGUGAACAAACGUCCCUAUCCCAGCUGACUUGUCCGUCCCAACUUCUCAACGAUCCCUUCACACACACUGCACAGCUAUCGUGUCCGACGAUACAAACCACACGCUCAACACUAACUAUCGAGUCUAAACUACGAAACAAAAACCAAUGAGGGCCCAGAACGUACUGUUGAUCUCCGUCGGCGCGUCCGCUACCGCUCCACCAACAGCCACGAUAUCCUCAGGCUUGGUCCAGGGAGCCUCCACAAUCCUGCCCAGCGCAGCAUCGACGGUGAACAGGUUCCUGGGAAUCCCCUACGCCAUUUCGCCUCGUCGCUUCUCUCUCCCCGAACCACCGGCGCCGUGGUCAGAACCGUCUAAUGCAACAGCCUUUGGCCCUGCGUGUCUCCAGAGUUUCGGUAUCAGUGAACUUGGCCCCAGACCCGAACUGCUUCAAGAACUCUUCAACAACCCUCCGCCGCCUGAGAGCGAAGACUGUCUGAGCAUCAACGUCUUUGCCCCGGCAAGCCCCUCCGCCUCCGCCGGCCUCGCCGUUCUGGUCUUCAUCCCCGGCGGGGGCUGGCAGCUGGGCCACGGCAGAUCGGACCUCUCCGCCUUCGCAGCAUACGAGAACAUCAUCUCCGUGACCUUGAACUACCGCACAAACGUCUUCGGUUUCCCUUCGUCUCCCGACAUCCCACUCUCCGAGCGCAAUCUGGGCCUCCACGACCAGCGCCUCGCUCUCUCAUGGAUCCAGGAAAACAUUGCCUCCUUCGGCGGGGACCCGUCAAAAGUCACCAUUUGGGGCGAGUCCGCUGGGUCUCUCUCCGUAGACAACCACCUGAAAGCCUACGCCGACGACCCCUCGCCGCCGUUCCGCGCGGCGGUCAUGUCGAGCGGGCAGACGAGCUUCGGGCUCCUGGCCAUUCCCUCCGCCGCCGGCGACGAGGCGUGGGUGGGCCUAUCUGCGGCGGCGGGGUGCGGCAACGCAACGGACGGGGUUCAGUGCAUGAGAGACGCGUCCGCGGAGACGCUGCUUUCUGCCAUGCGCGACCAUCGAAUCUCGUUCACGCCACAGGUUGACAACCUGACCGUCCCCGGACGGCCCGGAGAGCUCUGGAAGAACGGGCAGGUCGCCAAAGUCCCGAUCCUGACGGGGACUGUGGCGGAGGAGGGACGGGGCUUGGUCAACGACCGAGUCAACAUGACGGCGUUCCUGGACGCCUACCUCCCGCCUCUCCUCGUUCCAGAAGAGGCUCGCGACGCGAUUGUGUCCGUCUACCGUUCCGACCCGAAGCUCGCCUCCGACUUUGACGUUGCCGCGGCCAUCUACACGGACUUUCUCUGGUCCUGUCCCCAAUCCAUCCUGGCCGCGACGGCAGCGUCGAACAACAUCUCAACAUGGCGCUACCACUUCAAUUCCUCGGUCCUCAAUCUCUUACCCGACGAGUACGCCUGGCUGGGGAAGUUCCACGGCUCGGACCUCAUCCUCCUUUUCUCCGACCCCGAGACCACGCCCUUCACGCCUCAGUCGUACGCGGUGUACGAGUAUUUCAGAGGGGCCAUUGCACGGUUCGUCAAGAACCCCUUUGCCGGGCCGGGCUGGCCGGCCGUAGGGUCGGCGUAUGCCCCGCUUGACACCGCGGUCUUGGGAGACGUGGGGAAUGUUCCUGGCGUGAUGGCACUGGCUGAUGUCACCGCUGUUGAUCAGAGAUGCAGGUUGUAUGAAGAGUUCUGGCCGUUGCUAGAGGUUGGUUCCAGCUCAGCGCCUGAGUAGU